AUGACAACCUCAAGCAUUUGCCACUACGGCGUCUUGGCGCGUGUGUACGUCGAAGAAGACGAAUGGACAGAAGACGAGCAAUUUAGCAAGGGUUGCUUCAAGACGCACAAGAAGACACCAUACCGAACUGACACGGACUUAUUGCUUGCAUUGGGAGAGUCUCAUCUCUUCGCCCUUCGUCGUAAACAACAACAAACGCGUUCGUGUGUGUGUAUGUCCCCAUCAGAACUUGCACUCGAAAGCAGCACACAACAGCGACUUGCAAGUGAAUUUCAGUGUCCCCACGUGCAUUCAUACGACGAUUACCAACCAUGGGCUGCCAUCGAGUACUCAGCAAUCACGCAGGUGCAACUCACCUUCAAAACAGUGAGUACAACAGGCGAGUCGGGCAGUUUAGCAGCGCGAACGAAAGAUCUGGUCGUGGUAGUGAAAGAUGGCAGCAAAUUGUGGGUCGAAUUUGAGCAUAACUUAAGUCGAGGAGCUUUCUUGGACGCACUCGUGGCUGCCUCGGCCCCACAUGUGGCGCUAGACUUGGACUACGCUGACGUGGGCAAGCCGCGAGCAGCAUCACGCUUGGCCGUGAUACUCGCAUUAGAGAUCGAUGCUGAUGAUCUCGAUGUGGCACUGUACGGUGAGACGGAGCACGGGACCACAGUGACCUCGCAGAACCUUUCCAGCGUUUAUACCGGGUCGAAUCAACCUACGCUUAGUUUUAACUUUCGACGGGAGGCUUUACGUAAAUCCAUAGAGAUUAGAGUUCAACUGGCACUGCAGCUCUCCAGCGACGUGGAGCUGGACAACCCACAGUGUCAUUUCUUACUUGGCACAGCGAUGGAGUUGUCGCGUGUUCUGGACGAACCGGAUUUGCACACUCUAACGUGGUUGGUUAGUGGGUUUAUCAAUCUCCAACGAGCAUUACUAGCCACUUCACCAGCAUCCACGAAGCUGGCUCAGUCACAACUGGAAUAUGCCAUCAAGACCUCUCGCGAACACUCGCUACGACUACAGUUAGCACUGUCGUUAGCAUGUUAUGGUGAUUUACUUCGUUUAAGCACACAGGAUAUCCCUGCUGCACGAGUGGUGCUCAUUGAGGCUGCGAGAUUGAUGCCGGCAAAUGCACUUGAUGUUGCCAGUAAAAUGCAGCUACACGACAAGAUUCAUCGACUUGGGAUCGCGCUAUCACCACGCAAUGAACGUGAAACACAGGAUAAAAAUGUGAUUGACCUGUGGAAAAUAUUGGCCAACGCUAUGGCAACACCACCUCAACAAUCUCAGAACUCGCUGCUGUGUCCUGUGGCCAAGAGUAGUACAGAGCGCUCGCGCGGUUGCUUUGUUGAGAUUUUCAUUGCUACGGAUGCGAGGACCACGACUGGACCGGUCCGGCUCCUUCGUGUGUAUUUCACAGACAAAUCAACGUUCGAUUGGUUAAAACACGAGAUUAAUCAGCGUUUAAACACUGUCCCCAUGUAUGAACUGGAGGACGAUGAAGCAAAGGCCAUGUCUACUGAGGUUGUUGGAUUCUACGACUCAGUGAAGAAAAAUCAAGCCGUGAUGUCCUGGGACUCGAAGAUACACGACGUUGUUCGUGUCGACUGGCAUUGUAUUCGUGCAAUAGUGCGCCAAACGGUAAAAACUGAAGAGAAUGCGAUAGAAUCGACAACCCAACGUCGUAUUGUACCGACACUACCACCUGUUGCGGUGAGAUGCUCGAAAUGCCGCAAGCAGAUGCCGUUAAGCGAAGUGGAGUCACACUCUGAGGCUUGCAAGUAG